GCGGGCGGAGCCUGCGCCUGCGCGUCACCAUGGGGGUGUCGGUUGGGAGGGGGAGGGGCUCAUCUCUCUUGAGGCAGGCCCUGGGCAGGGCUGAGCCGAGCCGGUUAGGGGCCGAGCCGAGUGGCCGAUGCGGGCGGUAAUGUUUCAGGCACCGGCUCGGCUGUGCGCGACGUUACGCCAGCGAGAUCUGCUGCAGCUCAUGUCCGGCUCUUCGCCCGCGUUCAGGCGCCGGGCUCCGCUCCGCAAAACCGACUCGGCGACCGGGUCGUCGACGUCGCUGCCGUCAGCGGCGGGAGGACCGGCCCCGGGAGCGACUGGCGCCGCGGCCACUGUGUGUUCCAUGGGAACUAAUACCAACAGGUUGUACAGUGCCAUGGCUCCAACUAUAACAGAUAAUGGAAUACCACAACCAAAGGAAUAUGAUGUAGAGACCAACUUUGAACCAGUUGAUCCAACAGACCCCAGUGAUCUCCUCAAAGAAUGUCAGAAGGUGCUCGAAAAACGUCCACCCAGACUCCAACGGGAUUUUUUGCUUUUAAAGAAAAGUAAUCUUUCUAGUGUGUCUCGUCCAAUCAAGGUCCUGCAAUGGAACAUACUAGCACAAGCUCUUGGAGAAUGGAAGGAUAAUUUUAUUAAAUGUCCAAAGGAAGCUUUGAACUGGUCAGAGCGUAAAUACCUUAUCUUGGAGGAGAUUCUAACCUACCACCCAGAUAUCUUAUGUCUGCAAGAAGUGGAUCAUUACUUUGAUACCUUCCAGCCAGUUCUCAGUGGGUUAGGCUAUCAUUCAACAUUCUUCCCUAAACCAUCAUCUCCUUGCUUGGAUGUAGAACAUAACAAUGGGCCAGAUGGAUGUGCACUGUUUUUUCUGCGGGAACGAUUUGAAUUGAUUGACACUGCCACAAUUAGACUAGCAGCAAAGAUGUUGCAGACCAAUCAAGUGGCUAUUGUCCAAACCCUCCGCUGCAUUGAAACUAGCAAAGUGUUCUGUGUUGCUGUGACUCACCUGAAAGCCUGCAGUGGUUGGGAGCGAUUCCGUUCCUCUCAAGGCUGUGAUUUGCUUCAGAAUCUAGAAACCAUUACUAAUGGAGCCGGUAUUCCUAUUAUUGUGUGUGGAGACUUUAAUGCAGAGCCCACUGAGGAUGUUUACAAACAGUUUACUAAGUCUAGUCUAAAUCUGAGCAGUGCAUACAAGCUAUUGAGUGAAGAUGGGCAGUCAGAACCCCCCUUCACAACAUGGAAGAUAAGACCCUCAGGCGAGAGCUGCCAUACGUUGGAUUACAUUUGGUAUUCCCGGAAUGCAUUUUGUGUGAAUAGAUUGCUGAAUUUGCCUACAGAGGAACAAAUUGGCCCUAACCGCUUGCCGUCGUUCCACUAUCCUUCAGAUCAUUUGUCACUUAUUUGUGAAUUUAGCUUUCUGGAUCAAUUUGAUGAAUGUUGACUCAUUUCAAUGUUAUCAAAAGGUCAAAAUUAAUCAGUACGUUGAAUUGAACCUCUCCGCCCACCCUCCAUUGAACCACUACCAUCAUUUUGAGACUAGUCUGUCUUCAGACCAUGAUUGUUGGUGAAAUGCUAUACAGUGCUUCUGUCUCAACGGCAGUGAACCUUUUUUCUAAAGCUUGAUUCAAAUGCCACUGAAUGUGAGGACCAUUUCUUUUAAAAUAUUUGUAUACGUUUUCUUGGAUGGAGCUUGGGUAGUUUGUCUCAAAUUGUGUGGUUUUAUAUGCACAUCAACCAAUGUGUAGUUUGCCUUGUGUUUUAUUCAGAAAUAAACAGAUGGCCAGUCAUUUCUGAUUUUGCACACCGUUAUUACGUUUGACCUUCAUUUAAUCCCCUCUCAAACAGACCAAAGAAAAAUCUGGGCUAAGUGUAAAUGUGUAUACAAUUCCAAAACUACUAAAUUAUUCAACUAUAAACAACAAACUGUGGUUACGUGACUGGAAGUAAAUGUGAAAUUCAUUGUAAACUUAAGUUUCUUAAUUCUAAUGUUUUUGCAGUUUAGAGGAGCCAUAUGAUACAGGAGGCUUUUUACUCUUUCUUAGGAUGUGGACAUUAAGGUCAGUAUUAUUGUCCAGCCCCAAUUGCCCUUGCGGAGGUCUGAUGGCCCCCUUCCUGAGUUGCUGUAAUCCAGCUGGUGUUGGUAUAUAUCCAGUGCUGUUAGGGAGGACGUUCUUCAACAUUCAGAUCUAGUACCUAUUUCCAGUAUAGCACAGUAAAGCCCUUUAUUCUGCUUAGUGGUAUUCCCACUUAUUACUGAACCCAAUUAUUUGUAGUUUUUUUUUAAAUCAAGCUGUUCACACUUAUUUUACAUUGAACCUAUAUCAAUACCAGGAAAUGCCUUUCCUUGAAUAGGAAGAUCAGUUCCAGCGUUAAAAUCCUGCUAUCAAAUUUGCCACACGAUUCCCCAUUUUUUUAAUGCUAAUUUGCAACAUGUCUUUUUAAAUGCUACAGUAAUCCUGUUGUAGUAAUCGGAGGCAAACUUUCCAAUCUUGCACACUUAAGGAAGAAUUUGAUCCUUACUGGUAUUAACCACUAACAUGAGCAAUUUAUAUAACUUUUAAAAUAACUUUUUUUUUUAAUUUUAAAGAAACCACAAAUUGGGGGCCCAAACAGUACAAAAGCCUGCAAGUUAGUGUGGGAUCUGUGACAUUUUGUGUUGAAAUAAUGGAUAUGAUAUUCAUCUGCUCUUAAUAACAAUAACUAGUGAUGGCACUACAUUUGAAAUGCUUGAAACAUUUGAACCGGAUGCAAGCAAUUGUUAUUUUAUUAUAGUUUUAAUCUAGAAAAUACUGUGAACUGAUAACCAAUGUUAUUGCAGCUGAAGGUUUUACCAUGAAUAUUCACUGAGGUGCAAUCUAAUACAAAGCUUGUAAGCACAAAGGUUUUCCUUAAAAAUCCUACAAUUAGUUGUUUUUUUCAAAAAAAAACUCCUGGAUGCCAUUCUUUCAAACAUUUUUCAGAAGUCUAUUGUAGUUAUGAAAGAGGAGGUCUAUUGUAUUAAGUGUAGUUCCAAACAAUUUUAUUCUUCUAGUCCUGUCUCAAAUGGAAUCCAUUUUGAACUGUAAAGUCCUAAACAUUAAAUGAAUUAUAACGGAUUUGAAAUGGACACUUAUAACUGCUUUUUGAACUUUUAGUUACCCUAACUUAUUUCUGCAACAUGCAUAUUUAUUGUUUAUGAUAAUGUACCAAAUGUUUGUGCAGAGGAAUGUAACUAUGAACAUAUGAAAUUAAAAAUCCAAAGUUGGAA